AUGCCCACGUUCGAACGAGUCAAAACGGAGCCCACGGGCACCAAGACAUCACAAGCUUCGAACGAUAGCAAGGAGCAGUUGGCACAGCAUGUGGCUCGGGGGCAGCCGCAGCAAGCGGAGCAAGAGCAGAAAGAGAAAGGGAAGACGGGGAAGAAGGAGAAGAAGGAGAAGCCUAGCAAGCAAACCGUCAAGCCGAAGCGCUCGCUUCCUGGCCUGCCAACUUCCGUCAAGCUUGAAUUGGUGGAGGAGGAGGUGCAAACUCCGCAGGGCACAGAGACAGCUAAAGCUGGUGGACACGAGGAGCCGGCCCGGGAUCCUAGGCGACGGCCCGAGAAGGACCAGGACGACGAGCAUGUCCAGGUUCUGGUUGAUCCGUACCUGGAGGUUCCGGCGCUUCCGGAGCCCAAGUCCACCUUGUCAGUGGAAGUCCUCAGCCAGCCGCAGCCGCAGCCGCAGGCAGUUGCCACUGCAAAGCAGCCGGUGGCAAAACGUCGAACGAGACCCGCUCCCAAGAAAGCCAUUGUCAAGGUGCCGCCACCAGUCCCAGGCAUGGUGACGACCCCGGGACUGUCAGAAGUCCCCCAGACACCGGGACCUAUGCUCUCACAGCAUGAGAGAGAUAGGAAGCUUCAAGAAAUCAAGCUGCUCCUUGAACAGCAAACAUCAGAAGUGACACCGAUUCCUGCGCCACCCCUCGCCCCGGCACCGCAUCCAAACUCCCUGGCACCCCCGACUCCUUUGACUCCCAUGACGCCCAUGACCCCCGCGACCCCGAUGACCCCCAUGACUCCCUCGACGCCCAUGACGCCCAUGACGCCGACGGUGCCGAUGUCCAAGAGUGCUUCCAUUGCGCCUCGAGCCGAGGACGAUGCGGAGAAGCGUCUCCAGGCCUACUCCCAGUUGCUCCUUGGAGACGAUGCCGAUGCAGCCGAGGCGCCCUGGAAACGCCAGGGCAAGCGACGGCGUGUGGAUUUGUGA